AUGACAGUGUCUUAUGUGUCUUCCGAGUCUUCUACGCCUCACCCGCGUUUCAGGCCAACGGUUAUUAUACAUGGCGGUGCGGGGAACAUCGAACGCUCAAAUAUUCCCCCAGAACUGUAUGAGAAAUAUCGAGCUUCUCUACUGAAAUACCUCCACUCUACCGUCACUAUGCUCAAUGGUAAGCAAGACGGGGAAAAUGGGGAUAAAAAGAUUACUUCCCCAUGCUCAGCUCUCGAUGCAGCGGUCCACGCCGUGUCGUUAAUGGAAGACGACGAAUUAUUCAACUGUGGCCGGGGCAGCGUGUUUACGACUAUCGGAACCCAUGAGAUGGAAGCAUCCGUGAUGGUCUGCUCACUUUUCCCGGAAUCCCAGGGAUGUGAAGAUGUGAGGCGGGCCGAAGUCAAGCGUGGUGCUGGUGUCAUGAUGCUUAAAAACGUUCGACAUCCAGUGCAACUGGCGAGAGAAGUUCUACUACGAAAUGACGUGGAUGGCUGUAGGGAUAAUGGGCAAAACAUGCAUUCUCACCUCUGCGGGCCGUAUGUGGAAUCUCUUGCAAAGGAAUGGGGGUUGGAAUUCAAGCCAGACGAAUGGUUCUUUACCCAGAAACGAUGGGAUGAACAUAUGAGAGGACUGGGUAAGGGAGCCUCGAUUGAACAUGACGGCGUGGCUAAGUCUGUUCAAGAUAUAUCAAAGUAUCUCAGCCAAGGAACAGUCGGAUGUGUAUGCCUUGACCAGUGGGGCAACAUAGCUGCUGCCACAAGCACAGGAGGGCUUACCAACAAGCUACCGGGUAGGAUUGGUGAUACGUCGACUGUUGGAACCGGGUUUUGGGCCGAGGCUUGGGAUGUCCCCAACUCUUCAUCUCGCCGGGCUCUUGGGCUGUCUGGCACCGGAAACGGGGACUCGUUUGUCCGUGUUGCCGCUGCUCACUCGGCUGCCUCAUUGCUGAAGUUACAAGCGAAGCAGUCACUGUCCGACGCCAUCACUGCCAUUGCUGGCCCUGGUGGGGAACUUCAACGCUCCGCUGGUCCGAGAUGGGGGAAGACAGGAGAGGGCUCGGGAGGAAUCAUCGGCAUUGAAGCUGAGGUACGACUUGAUGCCGAUAAGAUUCAAAACGAGGAACCGAUUAAGGGCAAGGCUGUAUUUGACUUCAAUAGCGGAGGUAUGCUUCGAGCCUGGACGGAAGAAGACGCCAAUGGCGUAUUAAUGGAGAGGAUGAUGGCGUUUAGAGAUGAGUACUACUCUUAG